AUGAAUGGAGUUGUAGAGGCCGCCCAUAAGAAUAUCAAGAAGAUUCUGAGGAAGAUGAUUGAUAAUCACCGAGUGUGUGGGACAAAAGCAGUCAUACCUGCUGAAGUCCAGAUACCAUCUUUGAGAAUCAUCCAAGAAGCUGAGUUAAGUAAAGCUAAACGGGUCAGCAAGCAAAUUUAUCAACUAACAUUGAUUGAUGAGAAGAGAAUAGUUUCCAUCUGUCAGUGUCAAUUAUAUAGGAAGAGAAUGGUUUGUGUCUUUCAAAAUAGAGUAAGAGCCAGAAUUUUUGAAGUAGGCCAGUUUGUUUUUAAGCGUAUUUGUCAUCAUCAAGACGAGUACAGAGAAAAGUUCACACCAAACUUGCAAGGUCCUUACAUGGUUCGUAAAGUAUUAUCUGGAGGUGCUUUGGUCCUGUCAGAGAUGGAUGGAACUUUAUGGCCAAAACAAAUCAACUUAGAUGAUAUCAAGAGAUACUACAUGUGA